CCCAUCUUCCAGUCCCUUUUCCCUCUCUCUUCUAUAGGAGAUGGGUGUUCUCACCCGGUUACAGCUGUGGGUGUCUUUGGUCGUUGGAGUUGUGUGUGGGCUGCCAGACUCAUCCUGCAGGCUUCUGGAGACUCCGUUUUAUCAGAGUGUGUAUAAGGAGGGUGACGUGACCAUUGGAGGACUGUUCUAUAUUCAUUCACAGCCAUCUGUGCCUAACCUGGACUUCACACAAAGAGCAGCCCCUUUGCAAUGUCAGAACUUUUUUUUGAAUGCGUACUACUAUAUGCAGACCAUGAUCUUAGCAGUGGAAGAGAUAAACAGAAACCCCCAGCUGCUGCCCAAUCUCACCCUGGGGUAUGUCCUGGCUGACACCUGUUUCGCAGAGAGAACAACAUUAGCUACUGCGCUGGGGCUGGUAACCGGGAAGGACCCUGUUGUUACGAGCUCCAGGUGCGGCCGCACUCCUAAAGUACCUGUCAUCAUCGGUGAUGGCCGCUCGUCAGGAUCUAUGGUGAUUGCUCGCACACUGAGCGUCUUCAACAUCCCCAUGGUAAGCUACGGUGCAACAUGCGCCUGCCUUGGAGACCGCCAAAAGUACCCCACAUUCUUCCGCACUGUACCAAGCGAUGCCUUUCAGGCCCGGGCCAUUGCACGUAUGCUGCGCCUCUUUGGCUGGACCUGGGUGGGCGUAGUGAUGGGAGAUGAUGACUAUGGAAAGUUUGGGAUCCAGCUUUUGCUGGAGGAGUUGCAGAACUCUGAGGUGUGUGUGGCCUUUUCUGAGGUCAUCCCCAAGGUCAACUUGGAGAAGGCUAUCCCACGCAUUGUUGAAAUUCUUAGGCAUUCCACAGCCAAAGUCAUCAUCACUUUUGCCACUGGGCCAGACUUGCAUCCCCUGCUGAUGGAGGUGGUGAGACAGAACAUCACUGACAAGCAGUGGAUCGCCACAGAGUCCUGGAUUACCUCCAGGUCCUUCUCUUCUCCACAAAACCUGCCCUCACUGAGAGGCACUAUAGGAAUUGCAUUGCGCAAGGGAAACAUUCAGGGUUUCAGUUUUCUCACUGGGUUUCAGUCUAAGGAUAUGCCUACUGACCCCUUCCUGCACGAACUCUGGGAGGUGAUUUUCAGAUGCUCUUUCAAGAAUGACUCCAGCCCCUCUUCAUCAGCCCGGCCCCAGUGCACAGGGUCUGAGACCUUGGACGAUGUUGAGAGCUUUUAUUCUGAUGUCACAGAGCAGAGAAUCACUUAUGGUGUGUACAAGGCUGUAUAUGCCACCGCACAUGCCAUUCACAACAUGCUGUCCUGCCAACCAGGAGAUGGCCCCUUUGAAAAUGGGGGGUGUCCAGAUGUCACCAACCUCCAGCCCUGGCAGAUUCUUCACUACCUCCGCACUGUCAAAUUCACCACUCCUCUGGGGGAGGCUACACACUUCGAUGAGAAAGGGGAACCCUCAGCUGCUUAUGACAUCAUUAAUUGGCAAGUUUGGGCGCAAGGGACGGUGAAGUUCGUCAAGGUGGGACAGUUUGACUCUGUGGACGAAUCUCACAGCAAGUUUGACAUCGAUGUGAAAAGAGUCGUCUGGGGUGGUGGCCAGAAUGAGGUGCCUGUAUCCGUCUGCAGCAUGCCCUGUCCCCCAGGCACUCGGAAGGCUGUGCAGAAAGGAAAGCCCAUCUGCUGCUUCGACUGCUUACCAUGCGCAGAAGGGGAGAUCAGCAACACUACUGGUUCAACAGAGUGCCAGAAGUGCCCAGAUCGAUUCUGGUCGAAUGCUGCUCGAACAUACUGCAUUCCAAAAGAGGUGGAGUUCCUGUCCUUCCAGGAGACCAUGGGGAUCAUUCUUGCUGCUCUUUCAGUCUCUGGGGUGGUCCUCACAGGCUGCGUCAUUACCACCUUCUUUUUCCACCAGGACACGCCCCUCGUUAGCUACUUUGCCACAUGUGCUUGCCUUGGAGACCACCAAAAGUACCCCACCUUCUUCCGCACUGUGCCCAGCGAUGCCUUUCAGGUGCUGAAACAAAACAUCACCGACAAGCAGUGGAUUGCCACAGAGUCCUGGAUUACAGCUAACCUCAUUUCUUCUACACAAAACCUGGCCUCACUGAGUGGCACUAUAGGAUUUGCCUUGCGCAAGGGCAACCUUCAGGGUCUCAGAUCUUUUCUUACCAGGUUGCAGCCCGAAGCUUUUCCCUCUGACCCCUUCCUGCGGGAAUUCUGGGAGGUGACUUUCGGAUGCUCUUGGAAGAAGGACUCCAGCCCCUCUCCGUUAGCCACACCCCAGUGCACAGGGUCUGAGAGCUUGGACAAUGUUGAAGGCAUUUAUAAUGAUGUCUCUCAGUUGAGGGCCACUUACAGUGUGUACAAGGCUGUGUAUGCCAUUGCACAUGCCAUUCACAACAUGCUGUCCUGCCAACCAGGAGAUGGCCCCUUUGAAAAUGGGGGGUGUCCAGAUGUCACCAACCUCCAGCCCUGGCAGAUUCUCCACUACCUCCGCACCGUAAACUUCACCACACCUGUGGGGGAAGCUACACACUUUGACAAGAACGGUGAACCACCGGCUGCUUAUGACAUAAUUAACUGGCAAGUGGGGGCACAUGGAACAUUGGAGUUUGUCAGAGUGGGACAGUUUGAUUCUGGGGACGGAUCUCACGGCGAGUUUGACAUCGAUGUGAAAAGAGUCGUCUGGGGCGGUGGCCAGAAUGAGGUGCCUGUGUCCGUCUGCAGCAUGCCCUGUCCCCCAGGCACUCGGAAGGCUGUGCAGAAAGGAAAGCCCAUCUGCUGCUUCGACUGCUUACCAUGUGCAGAAGGAGAGAUCAGCAACACCACUGGUUCAACAGAGUGCCAGAAGUGCCCAGAUCGAUUCUGGUCGAAUGCUGCCCGAACAACCUGCAUUCCAAAAGAGGUGGAGUUCCUGUCCUUCCAGGAGACCAUGGGGAUCAUUCUUGCUGCUCUUUCAGUCUCUGGGGUGGUCCUCACAACCACUGUCCUUGGCACCUUCUUUUUCCACCGGGAUACGCCCCUUGUCAGGGCAAACAAUGCAGAGCUGAGCUUCCUGCUACUGCUGUCACUCUCUCUCUGCUUCCUGUGUGCACUGGCCUUCAUCGGUCGCCCCUCUCUCUGGUCCUGUAUGUUGCGCCACACGCUGUUUGGGAUCAGUUUUGUGCUCUGCAUUUCCUGUGUCCUCAGCAGGACGGUGGUGGUGCUGGUGGCCUUCCGUGCCUCAGUCCCUGGCAGCAACAUCAUGCGGUACUUUGGCCCAGUGCAGCAGAGACUGGCCAUCUCCCUCUGCACCUCUGUCCAGGUGCUCAUCUGUGUGCUGUGGCUGGUUCUCUCACCGCCCAUCCCAGCCGAGAUACAGGGAAGGAGUGCCAGGAUCAUCCUUGAGUGUGAUGUGGGCUCAGGGGCUGGAUUUGCCUGUGUCCUGGGCUACAUCGGCCUGCUGGCAGCCAUCUGCUUCCUGCUGGCCUUUUUAGCCAGGAAGCUCCCAGACAACUUCAAUGAGGCCAAGUUCAUCACCUUCAGCAUGCUCAUCUUCUGCGCUGUCUGGAUCACCUUUGUUCCUGCCUAUGUCAGCUCCCCGGGGAAAUACACAGUUGCCGUAGAGAUAUUUGCAAUCCUGGCCUCAAGCUAUGGACUACUCCUCUGCAUCUUUGCUCCCAAGUGUUAUAUAAUCCUACUGAGACCUGACAAGAACACCAAGAAGAAGAUGAUGUCCAAAGAAAAGUCAUAAACCUGUGAUUAAAUGUAUUGUUGAGAAAUAUUCAGGUGAUGUCUAGAGAGAAUUUUUAUCUGCUUUUGUUUAGAUAUUGGGUCAGUGGACCAGUAAGCAUCCAAAGCUGAAACUAGAACAUGUUUUUAAGCUUCAUAUUCGGUAAAUGCAAAAAGUUCAUUAGUUUUUAAGAAAUUAGUAAUACUUCUGAUACUUUUGGUUCUUGCCUUUCUCUAUACACAGUUGGCUUGUAAACAUUAAAGCAAAACCACUCAAAUAUUACAUAUAAUGUAUAACCUUCAAUAAUACAUCAUGAAAUACAUUAUACAUUAUUCCAGAAACCGAACUGAUGAAAAUAAACCAUAUUUUUCAAGCCAAAACACUUUUUUUGACCAUGAAGCAUGCCACAUUUAUUCUCCUUGUCAUUUUACCAUCACAGAAUAGAAACAGAAGAGAGCAAACUUUGCUCCGUGUGGGAACCCCUCUCAGCACUGUGAUUCCACCCUACACAUGUAAAUUCAGUCACCAUCAAACCCCCUUGUUUUUCUCUGAGAUUCACAUUUACAUUUAUCAAUACACUUUUAUCAGAUAGUUUCCACUCUGCAGGCCUGUAAAUGGGGAGUGUCACCAUGACUCAAUCAAUGUAGUGGUGGAUUCAGGGAACAUACGCUGGGUGCUUGUAAACCCACCACCAAAUUCAUUCAUUACAAUCAUGUGAUGGGGUUGAUAAAGACUUCAAUGUGGGGAUGAAUAAUAGUGGGCAAUGUAGCUCCAGAAAUUAGGUUUAACGCUGUGUGGAGA